CUUGGAGGAAGUGGAAAGUAACAAUCUGGCUGCAUUGGAAUAAUGAUGAGGGGCCAUUUCAGUGGUGUGUUUGGAUUUUCUCUGAUUCUGAGUUUGUGCUCUUCAGCUGGUGGAUUUAUCUUCGAUGGUGAUGACAUUGCUGUCGGAGAGGUAACUCCAGUGAACCCCAAGGCAGUAUUGAAUCAGACUUUGGAGCUGAACUGCACUGUGUUUGAAAGUUCGGGUCUGAAUGCUUCCCUUCUGGGCUGGGAUAUUCAUGGGUCGUGGGCAUCACCAGAUACAGUUUCUAUUUAUGGAGAAAAAACAUUAAUGUUCCAGAAAAAAAUCACCAAUGUGGAGGAGGCAGGCACUUACUCUUGUAGGAGAACGGAUGAAAAGGAUUACGGAAAGAGUAUGGUGAAGUCAAUCUCACUGAUAACUGAGUAUGAAGCAGUGCGGAACGUAACCAACUUUAGUUGUAUAGUGAAUGAAGAGAAAAGGGAAUUUCACUGUCAAUGGGAACUUGGACUCUACAAAAGACCAUCCUCUCUUAAUGUCUCAGUAAUUAUGUCCCCAGACAAUGGAUCAACUGUUACACUAUGUCCAAAGAAGUUUAAAUUUCAGCAGAACUGUACUUGGACAGAACAAGAUGUUGGUAAUGCUGCCAUCUUCUCCAUGUCUAAGAUUGUUGUCCUCACCGUUAAUAACAUGGACUUCAAUGAAACAAAAUCUUUCAGAAAGGAAUUUAAAACAGAGACCAUGACUAAACCUUUGCCUACAGAAUAUGUCAAUGCCUCAUCCCUGGAUUCCUGUGGGUGUGCCAAUGUGUCGUGGGGGACAAUACCAGGAGGGGUCAAGACCUUCUCUCAGGUCAUCCUGAUGUCACAAUGGAACAGUGUCCCUCUGGUUCACAAUGUUGAUGUUAAUAAAAGCCUUAUUGUGUGUAACCUGAUUCCUGCCACUACAUACAUAGUUACAGUAAUUAUUAAACCUUUAGGAGGCUUGUACUACAGUGAAGAAGUAAAGAAGGUCUUUGACACAUGUGAAAGAGUCCCCUCUCUUGCUCCACCCCUGCAGUCCAGCGGUUUUUCCUCAGGAGAUUGUACAAUGGGGUAUCGCUCCAUCACUGUUUACUGGGAGAAAAUUCCGCGUCGAUUUCAAAAUGGACCUUUGAAGGAAUACAGGGUGGUGUUAGGUGAUGGAGAUUGGAAGAUAGUGGCUCCAAAUGUGACAUCAGCUACUAUUAACAUCCCUUGUGGAGGCCGUAACAUAACCGUCCAAGGAUGUAACCAGCUGGGAUGUUCACCAGACUCUACUAUAUACAUACCGGCCUACACAGAAACAUUCAACAUUGCCCCUAAAAACAGCCUGGUGGAGGCCUGGAGUCCACUCAAUUGUGACUCAGGGGCUUCAGAUAACGCCUACAUCAAGAUGUACCAGAUCUUCUACUGCCAGAUGAAUACACAAGGAUCCUGUAAAGGCAGGGAAUAUUCUGUGAGUGUUCUAGCAGACAGUACCACACAGUACACACUAAGAGACUUAGAGGCAGACACAGAAUAUGGUGUGUGGGUACAAGCCAUGUCACUCACGAAGGAGGGGCGUAGAAGUAAAAUGGUGACUGGACGACCUACCAAUAACGAUUUACCAGGGGGAUCAAUAGCUGGCAUUGCUAUCGGAGGAAUAUUUGUUCUUAUACUUGUCAAUGCAGGAUUCGUGUUUGUUUGCAGGCUCGUUAGACGUAAAUUAGGUCUGGAUGAAAAAUUCGAAAUAGAGAAUAUACAAGUUAGGCCCUAUGAAAAUCUGCCCACUGGAAGCAAUUUGUAUAAUAACCUCACCGUACCAGCUGAUAGAUCCAGCUCUCCCCUCAUCACACUUAUUGGAAUGUCAUCAAAUGGAGAUAUUAGACAUAAUGGAGUAAAUCACAGUUAUGAAGAAAUCUUACCAGUGGGAUCCACAGUGGACCUUGACGAAGAAGAUGGGUGUGGUGAACCAAAGGACUCCAAACCCGACCUUAAAUCCAGCAUGGUAACGUUACCGAUCACGGAUGUUCCACGGCAGAUCAGUAAGGAUAGCGGUCACGGAAGCCUGUCCCCCACGUCAACUCACGGCCCACCUGAAGAGUCUGACACAAAAGAGCGAAUUCUGAGAGAUAUUGUAUUGGACCUUCCUCCCGAUUAUGCAAAGGCAACGUCAGUUACCACCCAAUGUGUGCAUGGAUAUGAGAAAGGUUCCUUUGAUACUGAGGACAGUUUCCCCCCUGAUUCCCGAGGAACGUACAAGGAUAGUUUAUGUUCCUCUUCACAGUCCGGUGGCAUUCCAGUAGAAGAUGGAUACAAGAGUCAGGCAGACAUCUUACAAGACAACAAUGACAAACAACAGAUUGAAGAAUCCUCCAAGAAGUGCCCAGUAAACAAUGAAUUGGGGAGGAAUGAAGUUGAGCAGACAUCAGGUUAUGUGAUGUACUCAUCUAAUGAUAUAGAAAUCACCGCAGGAAGCCAAAUCACCAAUGUCCAACCUAGGAACACUAUUCCUACAUAUGACAAAACACAGACCACCACUGGUCACCAACCACACAAUGUCCAAUCUACAGAGACCACCAUGGAAAACCAAAUCAACAAUGUCCAAGCGGAGACCACCACUCCUACAUGUAACAUUACACAGACCAACCAAGCACAUCAACCAUACAAUGUUCAAUUUAAGAAUACUGUUCCCAACAUUACAAAGACCAUCUCUACAAACCAAUCCAACAGUGCUAAAAACCAGUGUAGCAAGUUACAGAGAUCACCUGUUGAUCAGCUGAAUAAUGACCAAUCAAAUGGUGGAAUAGAAAUUAAACAAGAGACAGAUAUGUGCCAAACUGACAAAAAAAUAAGUUCACAAGGGUACCAUCCCAAUAGAACACUGGAUACAGAGCGCCGGACCACUGAGAUGGGUUCUAGUCCACAGCUUCUAACAGCCGAAUCAGAACAGAUUACAAACUACCUCCCUCAUAAUACAAAUUUUGCAGAACUUGCUGCCUCUCAUAAUGAUAAAGAAAAUUCCUUGAUAUUUAAUUGUGCAGCUGGUAAUGCAAAUGAUCUUUCUGUGAUGAAUUUUGAUUAUGUCCCAAAUGCGACAUCAGAUCCAUUGCCUAAUGGCAAAACAAGUCAUUUAUCUGAUGGUACAUCCGAUAAAGUGCCAAAAGAUACCAAAAAUUUCUCUGGGAUGAAUUAUGUACCUACCUAUGUUCCAGAUGACACAGCUGAUAAUAUUUCCAGUGUUACAAAACAUGUGCCAUGUAGUCCAGCAGGACAUGUGUCAAAUGGUGCUGCAGAAUAUGUGCCAAAUGGUACAACUGACUAUGUGCUAAGUGAUGCAACAGGAUAUGUGCCAAAUGGUGCUACAGACUAUGUACCAAAUGGUACAACAGACUAUGUGUCAAACGGUGCAACAGAUUAUGUUUCAAAUGGUACAAGUGAUUAAUAUCUGCCCAAUGGUACAAGUAUGUGCCCAAUGGUAAAAGUGAUUAAUAUGUGCCCAAUAGUAGAGAGGACAAAUGAUAAACAAUGAAAAACUUGCAAGGUGAAUAAUCUGUGCAUCAAAAUAAAUCUUUGAUGAUAUGAAGUGGAAAGUAACCUCUUUAUCAUCGGACAAUGAAGAACAACUUCGUUCUGAUACAUUCCAAUUCUCAGGCCAGGUCACAAUCACAACAUGGCUG